GCAAUCUUUUCAUGUGGCUCUUUGUAGACUCUAAUUUUUUUAAUGGAGUUGACAAUAAGCAUUAGUGCACUUUGUCUCUGUCUGUUUUAUCUGGCAGCUUCUGUUACCACUGCUGUCAAUAUAGUUGUGACAUGUACCAAAACAAAUGAUUUAACACCUGAUGAAUGGUCUACACCACCCCAAUCCAAUCCUUCUCCGCUACAUGAUCUUAACGUUCUACUUACACCUCUGAAUGGAACAGCUUCUCUUGCUCUCAACAUAGCAUGGUCUAUAAACGUUGACAGUAGUGUUUACAGUAUUUCUGGCACAUGGAUAGAAGUGAACACAGACGUGAGAUACAGAUGUAAAUAUCAACCACCAUUUACUUCAGACCAGGCCCACAUUGGUGAUUUAGAUCAGCUUUGGUUCAAUUUCACAACCACAGAUGUCAAUAUUGACCCCAGUGACCUUUACGAAGUAACUGUCUAUAACCUUCCCCCAGCGCCACCUAAUGUACGAAAUAAUUAUUUAAAGUGGAAAAUGAUCCAUGCACCUGGUUGUGAUCAUGAAUUGAUGAGAGAUCAUUCAGCAUGUUUAAAGAAGCAGCAGGAACCUUCUAUCCCGACCAAAGGAAAGAAGCAAUCGACUCAAGAUAACUGGGAUAUUACUACAGUCUGGAUAAAGGAUGAAAUACAAGUAAAAUUCUCUCCUCUCUUGGGCACAAAAAAGUACGAGAUCCUACUGCGAAGAGAAACGAAUAUACUAAACUAUACUGAGGUUAAAGCGAAUGGAGAAUUUGAGGAGCUUAAAGCAAACUUGAAGUUCUCUGGGCCAUGUGAAAAUCUUAAAAUAUGGAUAACACCAGUUUAUGACCAUUGUGGGUAUAUAUGCAAAUCAGAAUGCCACAACAUAGACUGUCGGGAGCCAUCAACAGCUGCACCAACAGAAGAACCAAAGGAAAAUCAAACUUGUGUCAUCCUGAUCUGCAUUGGGUGUGCAGCAGUUAUCAUUUUGUUGAUUAUCUGGCAAUUUUGGAUGCGCAAGAGGUUUGACUAUUCCAAGAGUGGCCUAGACUCUGCAGGAUCAGUAGGAGUGCUGGUGGUGUAUCCUGCAGUGGACAGUGUGUUCCAGAGUGCUGUGAUGGCCAUAGCUGAAUUUUUGCAAUGUCACAGAGAGCUAAAAGUAAUUAUUGACAUGUGGCAGAGAGGCAGUUUGGCGGGACAAGGCACACUACGUUGGCUUAAUUCGCAAGUGAUUUGUGCUGAUAAAGUUCUCAUCAUCUUACCACCACAGAAGAAUGAGUCCAGCAAUGACACAGCCUGCUUGAUAUCAAACAAAGAAUGUGUCAUUGCUGAUUACACAGUCCCAGCUUCUGCCUGUGAACUUUUCUCAUUGGCACUAAACCUGGUUGCCAGUUGUGCCCAUGAUCCUCAGCAGCUCCAAAAGUUCUUGGUGGUGCACCUGGACAUUGAUGGGCAUAGAAGCACAACGCCAGUAGAGCUCAGAGGUUGCAAGGCCCUUAUUUUGCCCAGAGAGCUCGAGAAACUCCAUCAACUGUUCUCCACUCAAAAAAAUAUCUCAGGUUGCAGGUUUAAAUCAUGUCGCUGUAAAGAACCAGCCAAGAAGGUCAGAGAUGCUGUGCAGAAUUUGGACAGAAGAAAUCUAAUGAAAUAGUUGGUUUCAAUCCAUUAAGUGGAUGUCCAUAGUAAUUUACAUACACAAGUUACAUAAUACAUUUCUAAAUUCAUUGUUUCAUAAUAUUUCAUGGAUAAAUUCAUAAAUGCACAAGUAAGAAUACUUGCUCCAUUAAUACAUUUCAAUCAACACACAGGGUUAAUUUAUUAUUUUAUGAUUAAUUUAAUAUGUCACUCAUACCACAGUUGAUGUGAGUCACUUUGUGAGGUCAUGCAGUCAACCACAAUGCUUCAAAUCAUUGGAUGAACCUUAAUUCUUUCAAAAUCAUUGUGUUCUCCCGCAGUCUUGGUACGAAGUGUUUGCUUUGCAUGAAAUAAGCCAUCUAUCUUUAAUGUUGUGAUCUGAGAUGUAAAAUCGACUGCAUUUGUUACAUGCCACUGUCAUUCAUCAAGCUAGUAUGCUUUGAUGUGUUCUUUGUUUGAAAAUGACUUAAAUGUGGGUUUGUUUGAUUUAUUUAAAUUAGUGCUGAAUGUCAAAGAAGCUCAUUUCUUGCUCUUUAAUUAAAAUCUUUUUUAGUUUGAGUUAUGGUGUUAUGAGGCAUUACGGUCGUUGUGAAUAUACACAACAACAUAAAGAAAAUAAACUUUCAGCACUUG